UAGAUUCUCUGUUAAGUGUUAACCCUCCCUGAAACAUUACGCAUAAACUCCAUUUCUCAUGCUUUCUCGGCGAUUCCCUUACUCGCCGGAUUUCCACUCGCCUUCAUUCUUUCUCCGAUGACCUCUAACCGAAGAAUCUAGUGAAAUCGUUUCUCUUUUAGAACUUCCUUUUUUCUUUUUCUUUUUUUUUUUAAUCUAUACUAAAGUGUAAUCCAGCUGAGUUAGAGCGAGAAAGAGAUGUACGUAGUGCCGCCGCCGCCUAAGCGAUCGGAUCCGGGUUCCUCCGGUGGUUCGGGAGAUUUACGGGUUUACGAAACUUGGAAAGGCAGCAAUAUAUUUUUUCUUCAAGGGAGGUUUAUAUUUGGGCCGGAUGUAAGAUCGCUGGCGCUGACUAUUUUGCUUAUUGUUGCUCCGGUCACCAUUUUCUGUGUCUUUGUUGCCAGCAAGUUAAUGUAUGAGUUUUCCAAUAACUUGGGGAUAUCAAUUAUGGUGUUCGCACUCGUAUUCACUGCUUAUGUGAGUUUCUCUCUUUAAUCUUGUAAUUUGUUUUGUGGACUUAGAUGUAAUUUUUUUUUUUUUCUUACAAAGAUAAAAGUCUCAAAACUAGCAAGACUGUAAUGAAAUUUUUCUGUUGAAACUUGAAUGUCUUACAAAGCGGGACAAUUUCUCACAUGGGGUGGCCAUUUCUCUCUUGCUGUAAUUCUAGUUUAAUUCAUGUAUGUAGCAGACAUUGUCAAGCAGAAGCCUAUUUAUACGUAAUUGUUCAAGACUCUGUUUGUGGUAGGGCCUAAUAUUAUGCAGU